UGAAAACUUGAUUUACUUCAACAUGGCAGGGUGUCUGGUUGAGCUGUACAUCUGGUCAAUGAAAGGUGCUAUGGGAAUCAAAGAUGGAAACAUUGGAUGCCAUAGCUACUAUGACAAAGGAGACAUGGUUAACACUGGAUAUAUGGAUCAGAAGCAGCAGUAUUUUGAAAGUCGAGAUCAAGUUUGGACACCAAAGAACAGAAGGCCGGAUAAACUUAGGGAUCUUCUUAAAGAAGCGGAGGAAUUACUUGCCAGUCAUGAAAUAGUUGCUACACUAUGGAGAUCCCAGAAGAAUGUCCAGCUCCUUUUGAGUAACUGUGUGUUGCUUUCUAUACAAAUAGCCAGUCACAGUGGGGAUAUUGAUAGACUGGUCAUUGAUAAGAGUCUUCAAGGAAAGGUUCCUCCUUCUAUCACGCACGCUGUGAUGACAAGCAACUUUAUCAUGUGUUCAUGGAGCGACAAACCCAAAGCAGCGUUCAUUUUCUUUAGUAAGAAGACAAAUCCUUCAGGAGACUCUGCCAAGAAAAUAGAGAAGCUGUCCUCUUUAGAUCCCAAGCUGUCAUAUCUUGAUCUCCCUGGCCCAAAGAACAAGAAGUUGAAGAGAACACUAUCAGUCAAUACCACUCAGGAAUGGAUAUUAGCGUGGUGGGCCACUGCAUCUGAGACCUCCCUCCAGUGGGCCCCUCCUGUGGCAGCAGAGAAAGACAGAGCUAAUCUGUUUGUGUAUGCUGUCAAUGGAACCAAACUAGAAGAAAUUAGUUUUGUCAGGACAGAGAAUGAACCGUUUGCAGUUGAUUUCAGCUUGAACCAGCCAAGACACAUACAUACAUUGGAGGUUGCAGCAGGUCGAGCCAGCAUUGAUACCUGUAUCUAUGAGUGUUCAAGGAGUAGGAUACAAAGGGCUUCAGUGACAGCAAUACCUCUGAAAUCUCCAGUACUUACAUAUGGCAGAAAUCACAAUGAGGAUAAACUUGUACUGGGAUGUGCAGAUUGCAGAUUGGUUCUGUAUAAUGAAAGCAAGAGAGUUACACAGUUCAUUCAAACUGACUUGGUACCUCAAUUCAUCUCCUGGCAUCCUGGUGAUUCAGUGUUCGUUGUCGGGAGUACAGCAGGAAAAAUACAGUGUUUUGACAUGGCUCUGAAUACACUCUUCUUCUACUCAAUGUCCGAGCAGCUUGAACCCAAACCAGUUCUAUCCUUAACAACUCAUUUCAGACUCGAGAGCCAUAUUGUAGAUCUGUCAUGGGCAUCCUCAUCGUGUUCCUGGGACAGCAUUCCUGAUGCUCAGGACUCCAUGCUGAUUACUCUCAAUAGAGGACCACUUGUAUUGGUACAGAUGGGACUAGGGGUGAUGAGCCGAGGCAGUCUAGGGGCACAGCAGCUUACCCAGCUUUAUCUGGCCAAUGAUCAGAUUGAUGAAGCCACCCACUUGCUUUCUGCAUUGAACUGGAACACUGCAAGCAGUACUUGUUUUGGUUGUUUAUCAGCCAUAGUAAACCACCUCCUUCGUCUUCCGUUAAAUGCAGUCAGAGAAGCUGCCUUAGAGACAAGUCUUGGAUCCUUUUAUGCACCGCUCAGACCCUUAUCUGAGGUCAUCGUUAUCAAUUAUCGGGAUUCCGUCAGCCGUCUGGCUCGCAGGUUCUUUCAAUUUUUGCUCAGGUUAGAGAAAUUUAAAUGUCCCCAUUUUAUGCGUGAAUGA